UGCGCGUGAUGGGCUCCCUCAUUUGGACCCCGGCCACCCUGCCUGCUUGGAAAAUCACUUUUUUACUUUUAAACAUCAUUUCAGCCGUCGUGAGCAAAAGACACGCAGUGUACUGGAACUCCACCAACACCAGGUUAACAGCAGGCGAACUGUCCAUCCAGGUGAACCUGAACGACUACCUGGACUUCUAUUGUCCUUACUACCCCAGCAAGCAGACGCUGGGCCCCAGGCAGCCAGAGACGCUGGCCCUCUACCUGACAGAGGAGGCCGCCUUCCAGGGCUGCGUGGAGACCACUUCGGCCAUCAAGCGGUGGGAAUGCAACACCCCCUUCGCUCCGUUCGGCUCGGUGCGCUUCUCGGAGAAGAUCCAAAGAUUCACCCCCUUCUCACUGGGAUUUGAAUUUCUGCCAGGGCGCCACUACUAUUAUAGCUCUCUGCCUGCAGAUGAAGGCCCGCCGCUGCCAUGUAUGAAGCUGCGUGUCACUGUGUGCUGCGAGACCGCUUCCAAGGGCUCCAAACAAACACAAGCGACUUCACCCCUCAGUCGAGGUUAUCCGUCGAGGACGCCGUCACUUCCGCUCCUCUGCAUCCUCCUCAGCCUCCUCGCCGUCCUGCUGACCACCUGACCUCCUCCCACCUGUUCCCAGUGUGAUUGGGACACUCGAGCACAGCCGGUGACCCUCGCCGUCCACGCAUUGAGACCGCAGACGACGGUUGUCAUUGCGCACACACAAACAACCCGGUGAACCACACACACACUCAGGGACUUACCCCCUCCCCUCCGUCCCAAUCACACUCAUCCAAUCACAUUCUAAUAUUAAACACUCACAGGCCACUUCAUUUCCUGACCUUUAUUGAGCCAAGGCACACGUUUGACAUCACCGAACGAAAAUGUCCCAAGAAGUGGAUACGCAGGUGAAUUAUCAUCUUGUGCCAGAGCAUUUAUUUGUUCUGCCUGCCAUUAUACAGUACAUCGCUGGCAUAGAUAGAUGGGCGUCUGUGGUUAGUUGGUAGAGCAGGUCAUCCACUGACCGAAGCUCCGACUGUCCGUUGUCGAAGUGUCCUUGAGCAAAACACUGAACCCAAAAUUGCCUCCAGGUCACCAUUGUAAAUGAGAAACUGUUCUCAAUUGCUUUACUUGGUUAAACAAAGGAAAAUAUUCGUUAUGAACAAAAACACAUUAAUUGUCAUCAAUGAAUACAUUUCAGAGCAGUUGAGUGAAAUUAGAUAUUUUUUGUGGCACUGCAUGUUACUAUACGGUAUGUUACGGGCAUGGAUACUGUCGAUCAGGGCUCACCAACCUUUCUGGAAUUGAGAGCUAUUUUUUUGGGUCAACAAUGCAAAAGCCUCCCAGUUUGAUACACACUUCUGAAAUAACACAUUUGCUCAAACUACCUUUAAUUGUUAUUAAUAAUAAUAAUUCAUGAUAUUCAUCUGUGUGAAGACACUGAUCAUGUUAAUGAUUUCUGAAUAGUUAUAAACCAUUUAUAACAAGGUAGGAAACAGAUAUCAAUAUGCAACAUUUAUUUCUAGAAAUCUGUGCAAGUAUUUACAGUUUGAAAUGAUCACUUGUACAACGUUCCUCAGAUAGCACAAUAGCCUCUAACAUUGACUGACUGACAGAUAUUCUUAGAACUGAUCCGAGGCUACCCAUGUGGUCCUCAGGGGGCAGCUUGGUGCCCGCAAGGACCAUAUUGGUGACCCCCGCUGUAGCUGAACGAGCAUGUUAAUCGCCGUAAAUAAUGUUUGGACCAAUUAAGUGAAAUUGGAUAAUUUCCCACACCACACGGUACACUUGCUGUCACUGUACGUGGCUAGCAUAGAUGGAUAAACAAAAAUGUGUUCAUUGUCGGAAAUCAAUUUUGGGGCAAAUGAAGUGAAAUUGGAUCAUUUCCAUUUACAGAGGUAAUACUGAGAAGUUUUUAUUGACACUGUCAGGGAUUUGCGUAGAAUAUUAAAGAUUCAGAAGAUGUAACAGAGCAAUGAGUUACCCGUUUACACAUUUAAUUGGCUUAACUGCAAAGUCACAUUAUUUUACAGUUUGUCAAAGUGCCACAGUUUUAUUUUUGACACUUAAAUGUGUUUGUUUACUAGAGCUUUAUCGAUUUGUUCAGUAAAAUUGUUUCGAGAACAGGCGCUAUUAGAGAAUAAUGAGGCAAGGCUGCUGCGCCCCCUACUGGGAUCUAACUGGUUGUACUGGAAUUGGACUGGGUUGGCCACACACUGGAUUACAACGGUGAUGUUUGAUAAUGACAAUAAUAGAUGGACCUUGGGCUGCUUUGUUCAGUUUGAUCGAGCAUCCUGCCGUACUGCAUCUCCUUGGAUCACAGGACAAACGCACGCCAGAGGGAAUUGUGGGUAAACACAACACUGGGCUCGUCUCGCUCCACUGAAGCACACCACUGCAGAUGAUACGCACACAUGCUCCUUUAACUUCCUUGCUUUUUUUUCUUUUUAUACACAAACUCUCCACUCAUUUUAGGUGGUUAAUAAGCCCCGCCAAAAUGCACCUGUUUUAAUGUUGUCGUGUUACCUUCGUUGUUUUCUGUUAUUUAAGUAUGGGAGGGGGGAAAAAACACUUUCUUCACGCACAAUCAGUGUUUUAUAUUGUAGAUAACUGUUAGAUUCUUUUGGGUUUGUUUUUUUUUUCUUGGUUUGGUGUACAAAUGUGUUCUGCUGCAAUGUUGUUUUGCAAGGCAAAUUAUUUGAUCAUUUUGAUUUAUAGUUUUAUUUCAAUUUUCUAUUUUUUUUUUUUACCCAUUUUUUUGUCACCCAGUGCCAUUUGUUUAAAUUAUAAUAAGUGUAAAGAAAAAAAUUAUCGUGUGCAUACAACUCUCCAAAUUAAAUGGAAAAAAAUGUAUAGUAUAUUUUUGUUUUCAAUAUUUGGAAUAUUUGAUUGCCUUGGGCUUUAAUUCAUUUUUAUGAAACAGCAAUGUUGGCACUUAAUUUUUUUUGCUCGUUUGUGUUUCAAAAUACUGUAAAUUUUGAUAUAUUUUUUCUGCUUCAAUCAUUUCUGUGAUAUAGAACAUCGUCAUCAUGUACAGCUUAGUUAUUUUUUUCUUUUGUGUGUGUGUGUAUGUGGGUGUGUGUCAUGUUCCCUCAGCAUUCACAUUUUAGUGAAGAAUGUAGCUUCUUCUGUGAAGAGACAACUGCAAUUUGAGCCUGUUUUUGUACUACUUUCAGCCAAAUGUGGUGACAAAAUAAAUGUUGUUAAUGUC